UAUAGGAGGUGACUUGGAACGAAAAACGGUGCACCCGCAGACACCCGGGACGAUGGAGGGCCGGAUCCUGCUGAUGCUUGGCCUUGCCGUGGCAGCCACAGCUAUGCCUCCUGCACAAGAGGAGCUCGGCUACGAGGAGGCCGUUUCCUUGGCAAUCGACCUCUACAACCAAGAGCCAGGGGUGGCAUGGGCCUUCCGACUCCUGGAAGCCAAGCCCCAGCCGGAGUGGGACCCCUCGAUCCAGUCCCUCCAGGAGCUGGAGUUCACCGUGCAGGAGACCACGUGCCCCCCCUCGGAGCAGCUGAACCUGGACAAAUGUGGCUUCAAGGCUGACGGGGUGGUGAAGGAAUGUCAUGGGACCAUCAUUUCUGAGCAGGGGGCUCCCGUCGUCCAGUACCUUUGUGAAACAGCAGGCGAGGGGCACAUCCGUGUCAGGAGGGCCAAUCGGAAAGUGAGAAGGACAAGGGGUCGAGGAAAAUGCGGCCGGCGCUGUAGGAUCAAGAAACCGGUGCCUGGAGGAUGGUCAGUCAUUGCGAGCGUGCCCAACCGCAGGAAGCAUAUUGUACAAAGCGCCUGAAUGGGCAGUGCCAAGGAGGUGGAGUCGGUGCCGGGGGCUGGUCACGGAGCAGGCCGAGGGGCUCCCAGCAGAGUCUCCGUCUCUCACCGCUGAUGCCGCUCGCAGAGGGAAGUCGCUUUCUGAGCCAUUGCUUAACGCUGUGCGGAUCUUGCCGAAACCCUUCCCCCCGUUUCCUUCCAUUGUACACUCUCCCUUCGCAAUAAAUGA